AAUGAUCAUAAACAUUUAUGCUUUAUAAUGUGAGGAACAACUAUGGAUUGUGAUGCUCUUACUCUAUCCACUAUGACUAUCUCUUCACCAGGAUUGUUACCAACUGAGACAUUAUUAGAUUCUUUGGUUCACAUAUCCAAUGAAGUUGUCUCAAUAGAGAAGCUUCCAUUUGUGCAAAUGAGGAAUGUCUCAUCCAUGAUAAGGAGGAUCAAGCUUCUCUCUUCAUUGUUUGAAGAGAUUCAAGAGGCAGAAACACCACUCCCUCCUUCUUCAACUCUUUGCUUCACUGAGCUUUUAUCAGUGAUCACAAGGGGUAAGGUUUUGAUCCAAGAAAUCAAAGAUGCAAGCACCCUUUGGGGCCUGAUUCAGUUAGAAUUCAUCUCAAACCAAUUCUAUGUUCUUGUUAAAGAGAUGGGAAGAGCCCUUGAUAUCUUGCCUCUUAGAUUGCUCAACAUAACUGCAGAUAUAAGGGAGCAAGUGGAUCUUCUUCACAAACAAGCGAAGCGAGCCGAGUUAACCAUUGAUCCUAGAGAGCUCCAAAGAAGAGAAAUGCUUCUAGAAGUAAUGGCCAACAACAUGAUGCAAAACAAGAAGAACAAGGGCUAUAUGGAUUUUGGUAAAAUGGAAGAACUGUUAAGUAGCAUUGGUUUGAGAACUAUAUCAGAUUAUGAUAUAGAAAUUUCAAAGUUGGAGAUUGAAGCUCAGAAUCAAGCAGGAACAGGAGGACUAGUGGUUGUGUCAAACAUAAACAACCUCAUAUCUCUUGUUUCUUAUUCCAAAUCAAUGAUUUUCAGAGAUGGAGAAAAUGAAGAAAGUAAGAAAGAAUCUUGUUCAUAUUUGUACAACAAAGUCAAUGAUAGUUCUUCAUCUUCUCAAUCCAUGUCAAUUCCUGACGAAUUUCGCUGCCCAAUUUCACUUGACUUAAUGAGAGAUCCUGUGAUUGUUUCAUCCGGCCACACAUAUGAUCGAAAUUCGAUUGCGCAGUGGAUAAACUCUGGCCACCAUACUUGCCCCAAAAGUGGACAGAGGCUAAUCCACACUGCUCUGAUACCAAACUAUGCACUGAAAAGUCUUGUUCAGCAAUGGUGCUAUGACAACAAUGUUCCAUUGAAUGAGCCUAAUUCUUCAGUUUCCGAGGAAAAGAGCAAUAAGAAGAACUCAAAUGACGGCGCUAUUGAUCACAUCUCUGCCAACAAAGCGGCUGCAGAUGCUGUGAAAAUGACAGCAGAGUUUCUGGUUGGAAAAUUGGCAACAGGCUCAGCUGACACACAAAGACAAGCUGCCUAUGAGCUUCGUUUGCUCGCGAAAACCGGCAUGGACAACCGGCGAAUCAUAGCUGAGGUAGGUGCUAUUCCUUUUCUGGUAACACUACUUGGAUCACAUGAUCCAAGAAUCCAGGAACAUGCAGUGACUGCCAUGUUCAACCUAUCAAUCUAUGAUAACAACAAGGUUCUGCUCAUGUCGGCCGGCGCAGUGGACAAAAUAGUCCAAGUUCUAGAACAAGGGAGAACAAUGGAAGCCAGAGAGAAUGCUGCAGCAACAAUAUUCAGCUUGAGUAUGUUAGAUGACUGCAAGGUUCAAAUCGGAGCGCGGCCGAGGGCGGUUCCUGCAUUAGUCCUCCUCUUGAAAGAAGGCACACCAAUUGGGAAAAGAGAUGCAGCAACUGCACUAUUCAAUCUUGCAGUUUACAAUCCAAACAAAUCAAUAAUUGUGAGUUCUGGUGCAGUUGAUGUGCUUAUUGAAUUGCUAAUGGAUGAUAAAGCUAGCAUUACUGAUGAUGCAUUAUCAGUUCUUGCUUUGUUACUUGGAUGCUCACAAGGACUAAAAGAAAUAAGGAAUAGUAGAGAGCUGGUGCCACUUCUCAUUGAUCUUCUAAGAUUUGGAUCAGUCAAAGGGAAGGAAAAUUCUAUAACACUUCUUCUAGGAUUGUGCAAGGAAGAGACUGAGGUGGUUGCGCGGCGGUUGCUGGCGAAUCCAAGGAGCGUGCCGUCGCUUCAAAGCUUGGCUGCUCAUGGUUCAUUGAGAGCUAGAAGGAAGGCUGAUGCAUUGUUAAGGUUGCUCAAUAGAUGUUGCUCUCAGCCUCAUCAUUCUCUUUGAGUCAUACAUGUAUUUUGUAUAUUCUUCUUGUCAUUCUUAUAAGUUUGUUACAAUGAUUUCUCAUUAGAAAAUAAUCCUUAGAUGAUUUAAUUACACAA